CUCGCCGUCUUUCUGCGGGAGGCUUUCCGGAUAAAUAGCCCAAGGAGUCUUAACCCGUGUCCCACAACUGUCCUUCAGAUCACGUCGCGGCUGGCUGAAGUCUUUAACCAGCGGUGUGAGGUAAACCGACGAGCAGCCACUAGCGGCUGCGUCAUAAACACGUGCGGCUGGGUGAAGGGCUCGGGUUACCAGGCCUUGGUACACGCAGCCUCGGCCUUCGAAGUGGACGCUGCCAUCGUCCUGGACCAGGAGCGCCUCUACAACGAGCUGAAGCGAGACCUGCCUCACUUUGUGAAGACGGCGCUGCUGCCCAAGUCUGGCGGGGCGGUCGAACGUUCCAAGGACUUCCGCCGGGAGAGCCGCGACGAGAAGAUCCGCGAGUACUUCUACGGCUUCCGCGGCAGCUUCUACCCCCACGCCUUUGACGUGCGCUUCUCCGACGUGCGCAUCUUUAAGGUGGGCGCCCCCACCAUCCCCGACUCCUGCCUGCCCCUGGGCAUGUCGCAGGAGGACAACCAGCUGAAGCUGGUGCCCGUGCAGCCCGGCCGGGACCUGGUGCACCACCUGCUGAGCGUCAGCACGGCCGACUCCCCCGAGGAGAACCUGAUCGAGACCAGCGUGGCCGGCUUCAUCGUGGUCACCAGCGUGGACGUCGAGAGGCAGCUCUUCACCGUGCUCUCUCCGGCUCCACGCCCUCUGCCCAAGAGCAUCCUGCUCAUCAUGGACAUCCGCUUCAUGGACCUCAAGUAGGGAGGAGGAGGGGGGAGGCAGGACCAUUCUGAAACUCCACUCCCGCCCACCGACCCCGCCCUCAUCCACUCCCCGUCUCCCCCCGCCCUCAUCCACUCCCCGUCUACCCCGCCCUCAUCGACACACUCCUGUGGAGACAGAACCUGCAGCCGCUCUGACAGGAUAAACCUCAGUGAAAUGUUAAUGCUGGACGUGCAUCGACUAGCAAACACAUGUGCUUCCUGCCUUGUCUGACUUUCCCCUGUCCCUCACAUGGAGAUAUCUGUACACUGACUGGUGUGUCUCUCCCUCUCCCUCUCCCUGGCCCCCUCUCUAUAUCUGUCCGCCUCUGUCCCAUAGGACAUUCACACACACAGGGUGAUAUUUGUACAUUGACUGGUGUCUCUGAGUUAACCUCCCCCGUCACCCCACACACACUCUCUGGAAGAUGUCACUCCAGUCUGACACCCAGUAGGACAUGCUCACUGUGUUUUGGACAGGUUGGCUAUCACGGUAUGUUGGUUACUGGAAUAAGUCAGACAUGUAGAUCACACUCUAUACAAAACCACGAGGAAGCAAUGGACUCCGAAGUCACUUCACCUGCGUUGUUAUGUUUUUAAAAGAAAAGACAACUUCAGUGUAUUUUAUACUGAGUUGUUUUUGUCAGCAAUAAAUUGUUUCCUGUUUGAAACUAA